AUCACUCUUUAAUGCCGUAUGACAUAUGAACUUCUAAAGGUAGAAUGCAGUGACCCUGCUAUACUGGUUGUCAGAGUAUUUUUAUUUUGCGAAAUUGGGUCGAACAGACUGGCACUGAGUCUUCGUGUCCUCCAGCGGCUUCCUUUUUUUGGUUUUAUCGGUGCAGCAAGUGCUCUUGUGUUUUCAAUUGAGCUUAAAAAAUUGUUUCUGGUCACCUGCAUUUGUUUAACUUGUCUAUUAGAUUUAGGUGCAGCGCAUAGCACAGCUAAGAAUAACGUUGGUGUUGCUUCGAUGGGAGUCAUGCGACCCGAGCUGGCUAUGCGAUCAAUAAUUCCAGUAGUAAUGGUGGAGUACUUGGCAAGUAUGGCUUCAUAGUUUUAGUUAUUUUGGUUGGACAAAGUUUGUUUUGUGUUGGCUUUAUGAGUUGUCUGCUUGACUCUUUUAGUUGCUGAAACGAACUAUCCAUACUUUGGUUUUGCGCAUCCUGCUUCUGGACCAGCAAACGGCCUAAGUUGCCUCGCAGCUGGAAUUUGCAUAGUUGAGAAUUAGUGCCUGUUUCGCUAUGUGUUGUUUAGAAUAUUGUAGGAAUAGCUGGCGACGCACAAGUAUAAUUUGAAAUAAGAUUGUUUGACUUAGCAGAAGAAUCAGACAAAUUGUUUCAUUUUAUUCCGCUGAAUGUUGCGUGCGAGUUGACGACAUUUUUAUUCUUUGUAUUGCAAAUUGGAUAAAAUUAUUUCUCUUCUUCUUUACGUUUGACUUGUUCCUAACGGAAAUGAACGUUUCUUGUAUUUAUAGACUGUUUGUUUAUACAAAACUUUGAGUUGUCUUUGAUUCUUGUUACAAAUAUCUAAAAAUAGGCCUCCACCUGUGUAACCAUUAGGUUAUAUUUC